AUGGACAGCAUUAGCACGUGGAACAGUUUUAGGAUGGGUCGGCACGUUGCGAUAUCGGGUGUACUUCUGCUGACAGUGAUGUGUCGCUAUGCAACUGCUCAAACUUCGUCGGGUUCGCUUCCCGAACCGGUGUGUGGUCAGAUCUCGCAAAUGCUGGACAACUGCUUCCGCAACUCUUCCCCAUCGAUUGCGGUCGAGCUGCUGGACUCCGUCAAGAUACCGGACUCGGUGGAGGAAAUUAGCGACCGGUGUCUACUGUUCAACCGGGGCAUGGAAUGUGUACAGCACUAUCUGAACGUGUGCGUGGACCAGAAGGAACGGAAAAUCAUCGAAAACGAGGUGUACGGUGCGAAACGAUUGUACGAGUUCUUAUGCCGGGAUCGCUCGUUUCAGAAGGAGUUUCUCCAGCACAAGGAUUGUUUCCAUCACGUGCAUCGCGACUGGGACGUCUGUUCGGGCAAGUUUGUCGGCAUUCUGAAGGAGGAAAUGUCGAAAACGACCAAGCAAUCGAUGAACGUGCAGUACAUGCACUUCUGCUGCGCCCGGUAUGGGUAUGAAAAUUGCGUCUACAACAGUGCCCGGUACAAGUGUCACCAUAAUUCGGCCAUAUUUCUUCGUACCGUCGCUAAGUUGCUGUCCACCGAUAAACACUUUCUGAACUGUGAUAAGAUCGAACGCGAGGUCUGUUCCUCCGGGACGAGGAGCUUUGUGUGGGGGACGCUUGUGGUGCUGCUGGGUGUGGUGGGACUGGUGCGGAUUUUUGGUACCGGCAGGUACUUCUCAUCUAUUGUUUUCCAUCAGUAA